UCCUCAGCUCUGGUCAUGUACUCGGAUAUUUUCUGCCGGUAUCGGUGUUUUUUGGCCUCAUCUUUCGUGGCUGUCAAUCAAAAGCACAAAAGCUCUCUCCCUCUCCAUGAGGCGGCGAGGGUUCAGGGCCGGCCCUCAGCACCAGACAGGCCUCAUUUCUCCGCCCAACCACCCCUCUCACAGAACCGGGGGUGUUUAACAGCCACCCGCCUCAACGGCUGUGGUAAACGGGCGCCAUGCCUCCCCGGCCGGUACCUUUCACCACCUGCAGCAGCAGGUCGAUGCCCUCCUGGUAACACACCAGCGACUCCUGGAACCGAGACGCUACGUCCAGCUCUACCGCCCGCUUCACCGUCUUCGCCCCGGCCAGCUCCAGCACGGCAGUGCUAUCGCCUCCCGUCCGCGACAUGGAGGCCGCGGGGCGGACCGGGACGGGGCGGCCACAAGUUCCGCGGCACCACCUCACCCGCCGCCGGGGAAACAGAAACCAAAGCGGCAGCAGAGGGAAGGGGGAAGUGCUCGUUGUUGUCGUUCCGCCAGUGCGGAACUAAAGUGCCGUGGAGCUGGUGCCCGGCCGGAAGGCAGCGCACCGAGAUGGCCGCCGCGGCGGGCAGGGGGGGCCUGGGGCCCGCAGCCGCUUGGAAGAUGCUGGGGAAGAGGAUGGAGGCGGUGGCACCAGGGGCGUGGGUUCGUUGUCUCUUUACCAGGUCGAGAAUUCCAGACUCGGUAUUUCAGCCACGACCUGGAGAUCAUGAGAAGUAUGGAGGUGACCCUGAGCAGCCCCACAAGAUCCACGUUAUUACUAGAAUUAAAAGUGUAAUUGGUCGCCCUUAUUGGGAAAAGAAGAUAAUACAUGAUCUUGGACUGGAUAAAGCGCAUCAGCCGAUACUGCACAAAAAUAUCCCUUCUGUGAAUUCCAAACUGAAAGUUGUUAAACAUCUGAUAAGAAUACAGCCCCUGAAACUACCUUACGGUUUGCCAACAGAAGAGGAAAUGACAGACACCUUUCUUACAAGCAAGGGAGAGCUCAUCAUUAAACGGCAUCUGAAACCUGUAGAGCAGAAAGCAAUUAAGUCAUAAGCUGUGCUGGUUGGAUUUAUGUAAAAUAAAGUAGAUUAUUUAAAUCCUGUGUUAACAUUUUGUGUAUGAAACGUAAACUUAAUUCUUCCCCUCUGGUAUGAAUGCUGAAGGUGAUACUGAUGCUUAAAGAAGUGUAUACAAAUGUAAAAUUCAAUUUUUUUAUUAUUUGCCCGAAAUAUUAAAUGAAUGAUAGGCCUGUGUCAUUGUGUUUAAAUUUUGUGGCUAAAUGUGUGCAACUUAAUGCAAGUUGAUGGCUUGCUAUUAAAGAACUUUGUAAAUAAAGUCAGAGAAUUA